UGCUUCCGUCCGCGCGGAGCGCCGCCGCAGCCCGGCUCGUGACGGGCCAUGGCGGCGGCAGAGGAGUCGCGGAGGCUGCUGCGCCGUCCCCCGUCGGACGCGUACUCGAGAGUGCAGAACGCGAAGCUCUAUCUCGCCACCUUCGCUGCAGUCCUGGGACCUCUUAGCUUUGGCUUCGUGCUAGGCUAUAGCUCGCCUGUUAUUCCAGAGCUGAGCAAAAUCAGCGAUCCCCACCUAAGACUGGACAGCAAUCAAGCGUCGUGGUUUGCGUCUGUAGUAACAUUAGGAGCCGCUGCUGGAGGAAUACUGGGAGGCUAUCUUGUGGAUCGAGUUGGGAGAAAACUGAGUCUCAUGCUGUGCUCAAUACCAUAUGUUUCUGGAUAUAUAAUUAUUAUUUCUGCUUGGAAUAUUUGGAUGCUUUAUUUUGGAAGAAUACUGACCGGCUUAGCUAGUGGAAUUACUUCACUUGUUGUUCCAGUGUAUAUUUCUGAAGUAUCUCAUCAUAAAGUUCGUGGUAUGCUUGGCUCUUGCAUUCAACUGAUGGUGGUGACGGGCAUACUGGGAGCCUACAUUGCAGGAAUAGCACUAAAAUGGCGCUGGCUGGCAGUAUUGUGUUGUUUUCCAUCCUGUAUAAUGCUUUUGUUCAUGGUCUUUAUGCCCGAAACACCAAGAUUUCUGCUGAAUCAGAAUAAGCGUUCAGAAGCCAUAGCUUCCUUGCAGUUUCUGAGGGGACCACAUGUGGAUCAUGAAUGGGAAUGCAGACAAAUUGAAGAUAAUGUUGAGGAGGAGGGAUUCAGUAUCUUAGAGUUCAAGAAUCCCCCAAUCUACAGACCACUUCUUAUUGGUGUGGUACUGAUGUUCUUCCAGCAAGUAACAGGCAUUAAUGCAGUUAUGUUUUAUGCAGAAACUAUCUUUGAAGAUGCAUGUUUCAAGGACGGCAGAAUGGCUUCCGUUAUUGUGGGUUCCAUACAAGUAUGUUUCACUGCGGUGGCUGCACUUGUCAUAGAUAAAACUGGACGAAAAGUACUGCUUUACAUAUCUGGGUUCAUCAUGGCUCUCAGUACUGCACUGUUUGGGCUUUACUUUAAAAUGGUCCUUCCAACACCAAGCAACUCAUCACAUCCUGACCUACUCUUCACCCCAGGAACAGAAAGCAGCCUACCCUGGCUUGCUGUAGUGAGCCUAGGGCUCUUUGUUGCUGGUUUUGCCCUGGGCUGGGGUCCAAUUCCAUGGCUGGUGAUGUCUGAAAUUUUUCCGCUUAAAGCCAAAGGCGUUUCCAGUGGUGCUUGUGUGUUAACAAACUGGGUUAUGGCCUUCUUUGUAACCAAGGAAUUUCAUGACCUUAUAACUUUAAUAACAGCCUAUGGCACAUUCUGGCUCUUCUCUGCUUUCUGUUGCAUGAGUGUAAUUUUCACAGCCUUUUAUGUUCCUGAAACAAAAGGACGGACCCUGGAACAAAUUGAAGCCUACUUCAGAAGGUCUUAAAMCUGAAGCUCUUAAAUUGAUAUGAAACUUUCAUAUCAUAAAUUAUGGCAGUAUUGUUACACUAGCUGCAGCA